UUUAAAAUGAAAAACAUCCAAUGGAUUUACUUCAACAAACAAGUUUGCCCGAAUCAGAGGGUAGGAUGUUCCAAUCCAUCUUACCUACACCUAAUUCCAGAAUUUAUUCGAUUGGAUUGGUGUUUAUGUAUGCCACACGUGCCAUCUCUAAGGGCCUGCGUAUCAAGCGUCACAGGCAGCUAGAGUAUCAAUCAAUGCCCCAUUUGCAUAUAUACACCCGCGCGUUCUUCCUGUCUCUCCGUCGUCGUUCCCAAUCUCUCUUUCGCACAAGCAAAAGAAAAUGGAUUUGAAAGAGAAACUGAUAUUCGACCUACGCGAACCGGAUCGCAGAGAGAGAGCCAUGGAUAUUCUCUCCCAGCAAAGACAGGCAUUUCAAGAUCUCGGUCUGUUGUUGUGGCAUUCUUUUGGUUCUGUUGCUGUACUCUUACAGGAGAUAGUUUCAAUAUACCAUGAACUUUCACCUCCCACACUCUCCGCCAGUGCUUCAAAGCGAGUUUGCAAUGCACUUGCUCUUCUUCAGAGCAUAGCGUUGCACCCAGAAACAAGACAUCUUUUAUUGAAUGCUAACAUACCUGUAUACUUGUACCCAUUUUUAAGCAUUAGAAUGUACACAACACCCAUUGAAGAUUUGAGGCUUACUAGCUUGGGAGUAAUUGGCACGCUUGUAAAGGUUGAUGAUAGGGAAAGUAUUAGAUACCUUAUAGAGACAGAAGUAGUCCCUCGGUGUUUGCUUUCCAUGGAUUUUGGCUCUGAAAUUUCAAAGAUAGUGGCCACCUUUAUUCUUCAUAAAAUUCUCAUGGAUGACUUUGGGCUGCAAUAUGCCUGUAACACAGCUGAACGGUAUCUCGCCAUAAGUCAAACUCUAUGGGGAAUGAUUGCGUCACACUCUGGAAGACCGGGCAAGCAACUGCUAAAAACUAUCAUUCGUUGUUUCCUUAGACUUUCAGAUCAUCCUAGAGCUUUUGUGGUUUUGCAGAAUAUGCUUCCUCAAAUGUUAACAGAUGCAAGGUUCAGUGGUUGCCUAUAUGGCAUAAAUAACAAGAAGCUCUGAUAGUAAAGCAGACUGCAUUGGAAGACCUGUUAUGUCAUGGAUGGUAUCUUCCUGUGGAUGGUCCAUUUACCAAAAUUCAACCAGAUUGGACUGGUAGCCAUCUUGAUCGUUUGUCUGAAAGCAGCAUGGUUUACUCAAAACAAUCAAUAGUCCUACGUUCAACUGGCAAAUCUCUAUAGUGGAUGAUCAGAUUUGUCUAAUUUCUGUAAUUGUUGGUCUAUAGCCCAUCCACAUAGUGGCCCGCCAGAUCAGCAUUCCCAAUCAUCAUCCGUGUUUGGUGCCUGUAUGGUGAGGUGAUUCCUCUUUGGAGUAAUUGCUUCCAAAAAAGCUCUAAAAGAGCCUAUGCAUUUCAAACCCACUGGCAAUAUUCAAUAUCUUCUUCACAUUGACAUAUU